AUGUCUAUUAAUCUCAAUCUGCCUAGUGAUGAUGAGCUGAAUCUGCAGCUCUUACUGGACACUUCCUCGUCGUCUUCGUCCUCUUAUCCUUGCUGGAACUCGAUUGAGCCGCCGCGGAUCUUCCCUUGCAAUUACUGCAGGAGAAAAUUCAGGAGUUCGCAAGCACUAGGUGGUCACCAAAACGCGCACAAGCUGGAAAGGACCCUGGCCAAGAAGAGUAGGGAGCUGAGCUCAGGCGUUCGGGCUCGUGCCGAGAGGAACAAAGAGUCGGGGUCUGGUGAUUCGACGAGUGUGCAGCCACACGGGAUGGGGAUGGGGAUGGAGCUUGUGGAGAGGUUUAGCUCCGGUGAGACGACGAAAUACAAGGGUGAUGAUAAUGUUUAUAGUGACGAAUCUGGGCAGCUUGAUUUGUCGCUUCGACUUUGA